UCCUGAACUGAAUACCCCUCCGCUCACUCCUCCUUUUCACGACGAGCCGGCAAGUGGAAAACAGUGGUAAUGCCGUGGUAUCCUCCAGGUCCUUCGCCUCACUCUCAGAGGCCAUCCUUACCAUAACACUACUUUAGGAGCAAUGAAAUUCAGGCGGCAGCUGCAGUUACCGCAGUUUAACAAGUGUGUCGGAGAACUACGGUGGAAGGUUUUUAAGACAAAGGCACAUUCUAAAAAACGCCACAAUGUCGUGGACGUGCUGAAGAACAGCAGCAUCAGAGUCACAACCCUCAUCCUCUGCUUGGUGAGCUUCUCUGCAAUCACUGGAUACUACAGCCUAUCUUUCAACACAUCCCAACUCCAUGCUAAUCCCUACAUGAGCUGCUUCAUCUCAGCAGCUGUAGAGGUACCAGCUUACAUUUCCAGCUGGCUGGCUCUGCGAUACCUUCCACGCCGACUGUCCGUCAUCGGUUCAUUGCUCCUUGCAGCAUUGCCAAUGUACCUUAUUCAACUGGUGCCCCAAAGUCUACCACAUCUGUAUAUUGCACUGGAGAUGUUGGGUAAAUAUGCUAUAACCACUACCUCCUCCCUGAUGUUUGCCUACAUGGCAGAGCUUUACCCAACAGUGCUCAGGAACACAGCGACAGGGAUAUGCACUACUGUUUCCAGAAUAGGCAGCUGCAUUGCUCCUUUUUUGUUAAAGCUGAGUCUUCCUUAUAUUAUACUGGGGACUCUGGCGGUUUUGUCUGCCUUUACUGCUUUCUUCCUUUCAGAGACUUUUGGAAAACCUCUACCUGAAACUAUGGAAGAGAUACAUAAAAGAGAAAGGAUAAAGUGUCCAUGCAUCACUGGAAAAGAAACCCCAAUACCUGUGGCACUACUGGACAGUCCUCUGUGAUUAUCUAGCACCUUAUUGAUGCAGGUGAUAUGUUGAUAUUGCUAUUGAAGUACUGUUUACAUAUCUUAAUAUUUUAAUUAUAGACAUUAGAAUGUAAAGGUGGAAUUAAAUCAUG